AUGUUUGACCACAGCUAUUUGCAUUUAGCGAAUUUCUUUUUCUACCUGGUCACUUCGUUUUGUGGACGAACAUUUUAUUUACCCCCUCUCUCUCUGUCUUUCUCUCUCUCUCUCUCCUCUUUCUCUCUCUCUCCUCUUUCUCUCUCUCUCCUCUCUCUCUCUCUCUCUCUCUCUCUCUCUCUCUUACUCCAUUACUUUGUUUUCUUCUCGUUUGAAUGUUUUUUUUUUUUUCUCACUUGUUACUUCUGUUUUUAUCUUUUUCUUUUCAUUUCUUUUCUCCUAAAUCAUCUUCCGUUUUCCUUUCUUUGUUUUUCUCUCUGUUUGUCUGUCUUUAAUUCACUUUGUCUCUUUCUCUUUCAUUCUUAUUUAUUACUGCCUUUAUUUUUUUUCUGCCCAACUUCAUUUCUGUUUGGCUGUUUCUUUUUCUCUGUCUCUAUCGCUUUCUGCCUACCUGUUUAUCUGCCUUUCUGCCUGUACGUCUUUCUACCUGUCUUUCUCUCUUUCUCUGGUUUAUUUUUUACAUUUUCUUUUUCACUUUGCUCUUUGUCUCUCUCUAAUCUAUUUGCAUCUUCUGUUUUCUUUUCUUCUUCUUUCUACUUUAUUAGUUCGAUUUUGAUUCCCGUUACUUUCUUUCGUUUCUUUCUUUUAUUAACUUUUCUUAUAUUUUUCUUUAUUUUUACCAUUUCUCUUUCUUCUUUGUUCUUUGCUUUCUUUCUUAAUAUUCUUUUUUUAUCUUUUGUAUAUCCUGCUUUAUUUCUUCCUAUUUCUGCUUUAUUUCUUCCUUUUUUCUAUCUUUUUUCGUUAAUCAAUCAUUUCUUUCUCCCUUUCUGUAUUUAA